UUUAAAAUGCAGAGAGUGGAGGGGGCGGAGGUGGGGCUUGAACAUACAUAAGAGCCGAAGACGCUCCGCCAGUCCAAUUUGGCACCACAUCACCAGACAAUUUGUUUAACCUAUACGAGGCGUCUGAUUGGACCUCUGCUCUCAUCUCUCCUCUCCCGAGGCUGGUCAGAAAUAAUCCGUUUGGGUCGGCCCAUUUUGGAGGCGAAGCGGCACAUUGGUGAUGAGCGCAGGCCGGUUGCUCAGAGCAGAGGCUUUGUCCUGGAUGUCGGAUGUUGGAAACGUGACCGGGGGCCAGUCCCAGGACUUGGUUCUGCAACCUCUUUGGGACUACCUCCACCAGAACCACCAUGACCUCCUGAGGAGCCCCCUCUUCCCGGUGGUGCUCUCUGUCACCACCUACUUUGUGCUGGUGGGGGUGUACACGGCGCUGGACCUGCUGGCUCCCUCUUGGCCCUGCAUCAACCGCUAUCGGCUGCAUCCCGACAAGCCCGUCACCUGGCCCAACAUCUGGACGACACUGGGCGUCACCGUCUACAACCACCUGUUCUUCAUCUUCCCCGCCGCGGUGGCGCAGUGGCUGUGGCGCCCGCCCACUCCUCUGCCCCCGGACGCCCCCACUCUCUGGAGCUUCUUCCUGGGCAUCCUGGGCUGCAUGUUCGUCUUCGACUUCCAGUACUACCUGUGGCACCUCCUGCACCACCGCGUCCCCUGGCUGUACCGCACCUUCCACGCCGUGCACCACCAGUACAACCAGCCCUUCAGCCUAGUCACGCAGUACCUGUCCGGCUGGGAGCUGUUCAGCGUGGGGUUCUGGGCCACCAUCGACCCCAUCCUGCUGCAGUGCCACUGCCUGACCACGUGGGGCUUCAUGGUCUUCAACGUCUACGUUUCCACCGAGGACCACUGCGGCUACGACUUCCCCUGGGCCAUGCACAACCUGGUGCCCUUUGGCCUCUGGGGGGGGGCUCCCAAGCACGACGUGCACCACCAGCGGCCCGGCACUAACUUCGCCCCGUUCUUCGCGCACUGGGACUGGCUGGGGGGGACGCACGUCGUGCCAGCUCAGUCCGGCCACGCUGCCAAGUGGGAGCCAGACGAGAUGAAUGAGAAGAAAGAAUAAUCCUCCGACUGACUUGUUUACUUUCUCUCUUUUCUCACUAAGUCUGCUCUAACACCUCCUGAGUGUCAAAAAUGAAAAUGUACAAACGUGUUUUGUUUGUAGAAAUUCCUCCUGUGUGUUCUCAGGUGUUUACAAGAAUAAAUCAUCAAACCGA